AUGCCGGCGAUGGCGGUGAAGAACGGCUCUCGGCCGCCGUGGGUGGGGCUGGGGGCGGCGGUGUGGGUUCAGAUGGCAGCGGGAUGCGGCUACACCUUCCCUCUCUACUCUCCUGCCCUCAAGUCGGCCCUGGGACUGACGCAGCAGCAGCUCACCAUCCUCGGAGUUGCCAAUGGCGUCGGUGAGAACAUCGGUGUGCUCCCUGGGGUCUUCUGCAACCGGAUACCCCCAUGGGGCAUCCUCCUUGUCGGCGCCGCCCGUCAUCAGCCGGUUUCGGCGCGAUCUGGCUCGCCAUCAGCCGCACCGUCACCUCCAUACCCUACUGGCUGGUCAGCCCUCUUGAUGAAGGGAAGGGGCAGUGAAGAGGGAGAGGAUGGCCUCCUACGUCUGCAACAAUGAGAUGUGGCUGCUCUCUUCCGCAAGCGGCGACCGGCUCCAACAUAUGCUCAUUAACUUAGACUUAGAGAGAGAGAGAGAGAGAGAGAGAGUAUUGUUCUGAUUGUUGUCGGGAGCAGAAGGGUUCAUGCGCAGCAGGGAGGGGCGUGGAAGUAGGGGAAGACGACGAAGGCAACGGAGAGGGGCAUGAUCCGGAUUGGGGACUGCCGAGGAACCAGCAGAGGAUCCAUGGCGGGGAUAUCUCCGCCGGCGGUGAGCUCCAGGGGGACACCGUUCAGCAGCACCGUCUUGCUCCGGGGGCGGCCAUCCUUCCCGGUGAGGUGGUACUCCUCCCGGCAGCCGCCGGCGGCGGCGCCGCCACCUUCCGAGGCCUCCCUCCCGAUCCAGGCCACCGCGCUCUUGAGCCCGUGCAUCAGAGCGCUGUCCCUAACAACGCCGGAGAACAGGUGGCCGUCGCCGUCGACGAUGAAAUCAGUGCUGUUGCUGAGGUUGAUGAAGAGCAGGGAGAGUCCCCCCUGCAGAAGACCCAAUCAAAAGUCAACCCCCCGUCACCCAUCAACCUUGAUACAUAUUCCAACGCAAAUUAACCAUUUUCCUGCAAGAGUCCAAGGGAGGAGGAGGAGGAGGAAGAGAAGCCAGAAGCCAAACCCUGUUCUUGGUGCAGUGGGCAUAGGCCCGCAGGAAGGGCGAGCCUGUGAGGUUGACCUCUAGAACGCCCCUCCCCAUCAGCCGAUGCCACAACAGGGCGCUGGAGAAGAGAAGAAGCCAUUUUGAUGCAAAUAAUAUCAUAAUUGGCGCAAUCCAUCAAUUUUAAGCGGACUUUUUGGGGAGGGACUGGUUUACCCAUAAUAAUCAGGGUUUGGGAUGAAGGUGUUGAGGUCAAGGAGCCCAUAAUUGCCGCCAAUCAAACUCUGCCUGCAAUAGCACCUGGUACUGUGCUUGGCAGCCAUACCCAUCUGGUCUAAGUACCUGGAUCAUGAGAAAGACAGUGGCAGUGGGGAUUCAAGAAUGCCAGAAAAGCGCAGGCAGUAAUGACACGAGAGAGAGACGCAGACCAGAAGCUGUCUAAGAAGGUGUCAGAGAUUAGACGGCCGCCGCUGUUGUAGGCCCCACCGGACUCGCUGAUCCAGGUGGAAGCCCAUGGCCCGUCCUUCUGGACCAGGGUCCGGAGAUCUUGGAAUGUGGAGGUUAUCCGGCUCAGGUACUGGGGAUCCAGGAUCCUAUUAAUAACCUGAGGAUCGUUACCUGGAAAGAACAAAAAGACCGAGGAUUCUUUAAAGAGGCAAUUCAAUAUUUGCUAUAACAGGAAUAAAAAUUGAGUAUUUCUGGGUGAAGUCAACGGGUUUUUCUCAUAAAAUUAUGAAAAUUGAUAAAAUUACUAACCUGCGCCCAGGUUGUAUAUAUGAUGUGUGAUGACAUCAGCAACUCCAGGUCCUGAAGCACGAAGAAGGUCCAUAUACCAUUGGUGAUCAAAGAAUCCCCCUGGGGCCAAGACUAGAGGCUGCGAAGACCACCCCUCAUACAAUUCCUUCACAGUUCCUUUCAGUUUGAUCAGGUCCUUCCCAUAGACGCCAGCGUUGACCCUCGCCCCAACUCCAGACCCAGAUAG